AUGUCUGCGAACCACCAUCCGAGUCCUCCAGAUGUCCUAAAAGUAGGUCCUACCAGACCUUGUCAUGAGGGGGAUCAGUCCUUCAACAUCAUUGGUCGGAGUAUGCACCCCACAGACGCUCCGGAAUGUACAAAGACUACCGUUGCAGGCUUUGAAUAUCUGGAUCCCGACGAAAGGCCCAUUCGAGGUUUGCAGUCUAGUGGUGCAAUCGGUCUCUCUGGUCUCUCUCCUUUCUCCGACGACGGCAACCUACGAUGGUCACUGGAAAGUCAAAAACAGUCAGAACCUGACAGAGAAGACAAGGUUAUCUCUACUGUUUUUUUUCUUCUAAAGUAUACCAUCGAGGCUAUCGGUCUUCAGUAG